AGCCGGGACAGGGGAAAACGUUGCCCCGCCGCUUUUCCCCUGUCACCUCCUGCCAAUGCUUGACGUCGGUGAGCCUGUCUACAGCGAUCGGGAGGCUUUCAAUCUGUAAUACGCCCAAUGCGAAACUCUGAGACCUAUGCAACUCUGCCGACACGCUCUAUCUACCUCAAAAGGCGCUGCGCGACGUGCAUCGUGGAGCUGUAGUCCGACGUUCAGCAAGCUCCCAACGUAAACACCACACCGAUCAUCCAUACCCCACCACCACCACCACCGCAAGUUGCCUCUGGAAGAAGCGCCCAUACACGGCUCGCACUGCUGGAAGGAAUCUGGGUAGCUCGAACUGGAAGUUGCAUAGCUGCCCAGGAUGGCCACGUCUAUGCUGGGGCCCAAGCAGGCCGAGGAGCUGCACAAGGCCAUUAUCGCGUACCUCGCGACACACAACCUCCCUGAAUCUGCUGCGACGUUGCGGACGGAAGCCAAUCUGACCGAGGAAACAUUUGACGCGGCGACCGCAAAGAAGUACGAGACCUUGUUAGAGAAGAAGUGGAAUAUUGUCGGCCGGCUGCAACGAAGGGUCAUGGACCUCGAGAGCAGGAACAAAACACUACAGACGGAAAUGGACAACCUCACACCAUCUGCGCUGUCCCAGCGAAGUAAGGAUCCGUCGUCGUGGCUACCACGGCAUCCUCCUCGGCAUGUCAUGGAGUCGCAUCGCAAUGUCAUUAACUGUGUCGCCUUUCACCCGGUUUUCUCAUCAGUCGCCACCGGAUCGGAUGACUAUACCAUCAAAAUUUGGGAUUGGGAAGAGGGCGAAAUCGAGCGCACGAUCAAAGGCCACACGAGGGCUGUUUUGGACGUGGAUUUUGGCGGUCCAAGGGGAGGAAUCCUCUUGGCGUCAUGCAGCUCUGAUCUCAAGAUCAAACUUUGGGACCCGAGCGACGAUUACAAGAACAUUCGGACGCUGCCAGGCCAUGACCACAGUGUGAGCGCAGUCCGCUUCAUACCUUCCUCGGGCAAUCUACUCGUGAGCGCCAGCCGAGACAGGACGAUCAAAAUAUGGGACAUUACAACCGGAUACUGCGUCAGGACAUUAGAAGGGCAUGCAGCGUGGGUACGAGACAUUGCGCCCUCUUUUGAUGGCAAGUUUCUCUUUUCAACAGGCGACGACCAGACUGGGCGGCUGUGGGACAUUUCGACACAAACAGCCGAGACGAAGAUGACCAUGAUUGGGCAUGAGCACUUCAACGAAUGCUGCGCUAUCGCGCCGCCAUCAUCAUAUCAACACUUAGCACCGUUGGCAGGUCUGAAGAAACCACCGCCGCCUACAAGUUCGGCCGAGUUCAUGGCUACCGGCUCUCGUGACAAGACGAUUAAGCUUUGGGACGCCAGGGGCCAGUGUAUCAAAACACUUGUAGGGCACGACAACUGGGUGAGGGCGGUGGUUUUCCAUCCAGGUGGCAAGUAUCUCAUCUCUGUGUCAGACGACAAGUCACUCCGAGCAUGGGAUCUCAGCCAGGAAGGAAAAUGCGUCAAGGUACUCAGCGAUUCGCAUGAACACUUCAUCUCAUGCGUACGCUGGGCGCCUUCGAAAGCGACUACAGAGACGAAUGGCGACGCCAACGGGUCACCAAGCAAGACGGCUCCUGCUGCAGAGGGACAAAUACGAUGUGUUCUGGCUACAGUAGGGGUAGACUGGAAGCUGAGGAUAUUUGCGAACUAGAUAGAUGGUAUGGUUUUGGAGGGGGGUACUGGGUCUCUUGAAUGCGACAUUAGCGAGCGGUUCUGAUAUGGAGCAGGGAGGGUCCGAUAGAUACCCCGAAUUUACGAGUGAUGUUCUGUGAU